AGAGGAGAAAAAAGCAAUAUAGAUCCAGUAUUUGGCAAGCGACAGAUUUGCAUGACAACUGUUGCAGUACCGUAAGAGGCACUGUAUAGAAGUACAUUGGCAGAUGUGGCACAUGUUAACAUCUAUGUGAUGAGCAGAGAAUCAUGAAGACAAUUAAACAAUAAGAUGGUCAGAUUGAACAGUUUUGUUAAUGAAAAGAAACUAUAUUAAUGCUAGAAGAGGUGAAACAUGAUACAUAUCACUAUGGCAGAGGGACAUGAAUACAAGUAUAACUAUGUUUUGUUACAGUCUGAUGAGUCCACAGAUUCUGCAGAGGAAAGUGCAAAUCCGUUGUAUAGUUUUAUUGAUACAGAUAACAAAAAGGAUGUCAGUAUUGUAAAUGAUGGCCAGGAGGAUAAGAACUAUGAGUACAUAUGGCUCUCUGAUGAUGAAAUUAUAUCAGAAACAAAAGAUAGUACAAUACCAAAAGCAAAUGCUGCUGACAAUAAAUCCGGACAGGAAGGUAACAUUCUUAAAAAUGGGCAAGUUGGAGCUGAAGAACACAAAGAUGUAAGUGAGGGAGAGAACAGUAUUGAAGUGACUGGACCUAGAAGUAAGAAUAUAAAAUGUGAAGGUCAGGCAAAUGAAUGGUUAGAUACUGUUAAGGAUGAUUGUUUGCAUUCAGAUUUGCCUGAGAAACAUCAAAAUACAGAGAGAAAUACAGACAUGACUUUAGAUGAGAAUAGUAGUGCAUUCACUCCAAGAGAGGAUGUAAGUGACGAAGCUUUAGGUAAAAAGCUAGUUAGUGGCUCCUCCUCUAGGAGAAAUUCUAGUGAUGCAAUUUUGACAAGAAAACUUGGUGAUCCAGAUUUGACAAAAAGUGAUAUUACUUUGACAAGAAACUUUACAGGUUCAGAUGCAUCUGGAAUUGUUAGUGAUGAGGCUUUAACGAGAAAUGUAAGAGAUUCUGUUUUGUCAGGAAAUAUUUGUGAUCAGACUUUGACCAGAACUGUUAGCAUAAAUCAGACUUUGACAAGAAAAGUUAGUAACCCAGCUAGUGAUAAAUCUCUAAUAGAAAAUAUUAGUGACACAGCUUUAAGAAGUGAUGAGCUAGUUGAAGUAGAAGGUAUUGUACAUGAUCAUGAAAGCAAUAGCAUUCAAAAAGACACUGCAGUUGAUAUUGUUACAGUUCAGGAAAGAAGAAGCUCUGAAAGCAACAAGGCUGAUAAUAACUGUGGAGAGACAAAUCAUAAAAUGGAGGCAGUUGUAGUAGACAAUAACCUAGCUGAUUGUACAGUUAAAGACAACACAAUUUUGUUAGAUGAAAAGCCUUCAGAAGUUGAUAAAGAUAAUCUUUUGUUGACAAAUAGGAAAUGUGAUUUACUACUUGAUACUAUUGAAAACAGGAGCAAGAAGAAAAAUAUCAGAACUCCAGGAAGAUGGCAUAAAGGUAUGGUCAAUAUUACCAAUGCAAAGAUACUGAAAUACCUACAUAAUGGGAAGAAAAAUAAACAUUGUACAAGAAAACUUGAAACUGCUGUUAAAUCAAAUUCAAAGGACAAAUAUCAAGCUGAUGGUAAAUUGCCUGAAUUGAAUAAGUAUAAAGAUUUAGUUACAAGUUCAAAGAAGAAGAGAAAAGUUAAACCUGAACAAGAUGUCUGUAUCACAUCUGAGCUCUGUCCUGCCUUUGAUAGAUGUGCGUUAAUAGGUACUACAACUGAGUCUGACUCGUUAUUUGGUGAUAGCUUGACAAAUGUUGCUAAAGAAGGGUUAACUGAAAAGGCAAAAGAAGGAUUGUCAGAAAAUACUAAAGGAGAAUUGAUUGCCAGUGAGAAAGGUUUUUGGAUCAGAAAUGACAAUGCUAAAGAGGAAUUUUGGAUCAGAAAAAAUGAAGCAUUGUAUGGUUUAAAAAAGAUCUGUGUUACAGAAACAAAGGGUCAUUGCAUAGCUAUGGAUGAGAAGGCUUCGGAAAAUGAAAAUUCAGAAUGCAGCAAACCAAUGUUAGACGAGUGUAAUGUUAAAGCAAAACAGUCAGAUAUAUUUGAUGAAACAAAAGAGAAAAGUGAAAAUACAGAUACAGUCAAAUCAAAUCAAAUGAAGAAUGAUGAAAAGUACAGGGACAAGAAAAAUCUACAGCUGAAGAAGAUGCAGUCAAAACCUGUGUCAAAGAGUGAAAAUUGGAUGAGAUUCAUGCCAACACCUACAACUGGUAAACUGUUGGAAGGGAAAUUAAAACUAUCGAAGCAAGUGAAAACUGAGUCUUUGAAACUGCCAAAAGCAGAAGUCAGUGCUGUUGCACAAGACUUGAAAGAUGUAUAUGAAAUUGAAAAUAUUGAUGUGAUGAAGAAUGACAAAACAAGACUGUACAAAAGAAAGGUAAAUAAUGAAAGAGUUUUGACGAGUAGAAAAGAAGAAGAACUUGAAAAGCAGACCGGAAUUUCUUACAGUGAAAUGAAAGAUAAUGAAAGAGGAAGUACUGAAAAGAUUGACAGAAAAGUUCAUGAAAAUCAGGACAUGAGAAAUGAACAUAAUGAAAUAUGUCAGGAUAAUAUAAAGACAUUUGAAAGCAGUGGGCAAAUGAGUAAUGAUUGCCCUAAUGCUAGUGAGGUAAAUAAUAACACAAUGGCAGGAGAUAAAGCUAUAGAUUCAGAGCCUCUCACAGGUUGUAGUGGGAAGACAUUUGAAAAAGAUACAGUAAAGUUGAAAAGAAAACGAAUUAGACGAAAACCAGUUAAAGUUUUUAGUAUAAGGAAUGGUGUCAGAAAGAUUGCAUUUCGAUACCCAUGUAGAUACUGUGGCGAGCUGUUUUCAAGUGCCUAUGUGAGAUUACAUGAAAGAAAACAUGGGAUAGAAGGGCAGAAGAAGGUAUACCGUAGAAGAACCAGUGAUGAAAGAGCAGAUGAUGAAAAAAUGAAAGUUGAUGAUAUGUCCCCUGUAUUUCCAACAAGGAAUUACAGUUUGACAGCUGUGACACAAGAACAGAUAUCCUCAGUUGACUCCAACACUGGUGAUCCAGCAAAACAUAAUAUAGACGCUCACUGCCGGAAGGAUGGUAAAACUCUCUGCUUUGAAACAAAAGAAGGGUACUCGGAAAAAAUUGACAUUGAUGUGAAAAAGGGUUUCAAAACACCUGAGUGUGACCAUGUAAUGACAAAUUUGAAGGAUAAAAAGAAAAAGGCACCAAAGGAUACAUUUAAGAAGAAAUGUAAAACCAGGUCUCUACAAGGAAAGAAACUUGUCACAAAACAGUAUGCAAAUAUUGUGAAUGAGAGCACUUCACAACUCCAGGUCACCUCUGAUAAAAAGGUUGAUGAUGCUAAUACAGAGGAAUCUUCUAUAAAUGAAAAUGCAAUCAAAGUAAAGAAGGAGUUAAAACAUCUUGAUAAGAAUGGAAAUCCAUUAGUCCAGUUAAAAGAAGAAAAACUUGAAGAACUGUGCACUAAAACAUACUCCUGUACUGAGUGUUCGUACACAUGUUCUUACAAAAAUAUUCUUAAAAGACACUUGAGUAUACAUAAAAGUAUUUCAAAGAGAAUUGUCACUUGUAAAUGUGGAAUAAUGUUUCGAAGUAGAUCAACCUUGGGCCGAUGGCAUAAAAAGAACAACAUUUGCUACCAAGGAGAUCAUGUUCGUGAGAAGAUUGUCGGUAAAAGAAAACAAUCUGGAAGUAAGGUUAAGAAUCAUUGGAGGAAACUAGAUAAAGUUGACAAUAAGAUACUAAAGUCAUUUAAAAGGUUUGCACACAAACGUGAAAGAAAAAAAUGUGGAAACUGUAAUUACAGGUUUAGUAAUCGUGCACGUUGGUUAGCUCAUGAAAAACUACAUGAAACCAAUAGUGGUUCUACAUGUGAAGUGUGUUCGAUUACAAUGAAAACCAGAUUUUCAUUGGCCUGUUGGCAUUAUCGACAUGGAAUUCACCACCAUAAGAGACAAACAGAUAAGAAAAUAAAGGUUGAAGUAAUUGAAAAGAAUAAAAAUCAUUCAUCUUUAUGUGACCCAGGUGAUAAUCGAACAGAACAGAUUGGUUCAGAAGCACUAGAAAUACAAGGAGCAAAGAAUCAUGCUGCAUCAGGCAUGAACAGUAUCAAGAACGAAACAAAACUAAAUGAGAAACUAGAUGGAACUAUAUGUGAUGCAUAUUCCCCAGAAUCUGAAACAGUAGAAGAAUCAGAACCAGGUACACCAUCUGUGACAGUUAGUAAUGGGAGUAAUAUAACUGUGAACUCCUGUGAUGCUUCAAAAUAUAAUGCUGCCUGUAAUUCUGACAUGAAAAAUCUAACCUGCAAUGUCAGAGAAAGCAUUAACAAUAGUCUCAAAGAAUUAACUAAGAAGCUUUCAGUUUAUAAAGAAGACAAACCAUGGAGUCAUAGUAUUGAAACGUUGAAAGAGAUUACAGUAGAUGGAAGCAAAACUAUUGCUCAAUGUUCUUGGGAAACUGCAGUUGAUACAGAAAAUUUAAGUAGGGAUAGGUUUUUACAUAGUGAUAACUCACACACUGUUGAAAAUAAAAGAUUGGGAGUGUUCUGUACAGAGGGUAAUUGUGAAAAUACAAUGGGCUGUAAAGAGUUGCCAGUAUAUCCCUUAGUGAAGAAGUUAAGUUUGAGAGAUGGUGAAAUGAUCUUUAGUCCUGUAAAUAAUGAGAUCGAAGUGUUUGAGAAAGAGUCUGAUAUUAAUGAAAAUUAUCGAAAGAUAAAAGUAUUAGACAUUGACACAGCAGGGUGCUUAGAGAAACCAGAUGUAGUACUAGAGAGUAUUGUACCACAAGAAACCAAAUCACUGACAACUGAAGAUAAUGAGUAUGGAAUAGAUAGUAGUUUGGAAAGUCAACUGUUUUGUAGGAAUGAAAUAAAUGAAGUGAUUUCAGGCGAACCUGUAGACUUGUCGGUUAAAAGAACUGAAGUGGAAAACGAGUCUUUGGAAGACAACAGAAAUGUUAGUAUAAUGUUUGAAAUUCAGAUUGAUUUGGAAAGGAAAGGUGUUGCAACUUGUAGUCCAUUAACACAACAGAUCCACAAUUCAGGGAUUUACGGUAGUGGCGAAAGCCUGAAGCAUAACACUAAUUCUAUAACUGCGAAGGUGAUCUUACGAAAUUUAAAUGUUAUGGAAAAUAUUCAAGCAAAAGACAAUGAUAACUGUAAUAAAACCAAUAAAGGUGCAGAGAACACAGAUAAUGAUAAAAAGGUAUGCCCAAAAGAUACAAAUAUCUGCAAGAGAAAGGAAGAGAUAGCUGUUCGUACUGAAAACAGUUACAAUGAUAAGCUAAAUGUGAACUCUUAUAACAGGGAUGUAACAUUCACAGAAGAUGAAGAUGAUGAUGUAUAUUAUUAUGCUUCUAAAUUGCAGGAAAAGCCAUGCAUUGAUGAAUAUGCACUUGAUCUAGAUAGUGAGAGUGAUGAUCAAUUAGAUGAUAUGGGUGCAGAUACAGGAGAGACCUCUGUAUGUGACACAGGUGAAACAGAUGAGAAUAACAACAGAUCACAGGGAGGAAACAAUAAGAUGACAGACAGAAAAAUAAACAGUACAGGUGAAGAUGGUGAUAGAAAUACUGGAGAUGAUGAAGGUAGAAGGAACAGUGGUGGAGGUGAGGGAGAUGAUAAUGGAGAUGAGAAGGAAAAUAACGACAAUAACAAUGGUGAAAGUAAUAGAGAUGAAAAUCAUAAUGUAGAGUUGUUCCCAUGUCUUGUUUGUCAAGAAACAUUCAAUAAUAAAAUAGAAUUGUUAAGACAUUUAUCAAAAAUUCACAGACUAACAAACAUGUGUCAAAUUUGUUACUUUGAUGAAGGUAAAAUUCGAAGAUUUGCAAAUCCAGUGUCCCUGAGAAACCAUAAAGUAAGAGAUCAUCCAGAGGAUAUGGUAAAAUGUGUGUGUGGAGCUAUGCUCAUAGAUAACAAAAUGCUCUCAUCUCAUUUAAAGAAAUUUAAAUGCAAUAUUUAUGACACUGUUGGUGAGCCAAAUGAAAUGGCAAAGUGUAUCUGUGGUAAACGUUUUGCUUCCCAGGAAAUGCUCUGUAACCAUCGCUCAAAGUGUCGGAAGAGACAUUGUUUGGACGAUACGUUUCUAGAAUAUAUGUCGAGUUCUCAAAAGGGAAAGAGAAGAUGUCUGAAAACAUCUACAGCUGAAAACCUAAGAAAUAAUGAAAAUACAGGUAUGAGGCUAAGAGCAAAAGUAACAGAUAUCAACAACAAUAUGAGUAUGUCUGAAGACAGUGAUGCAUCACAUGGAAGGACGUCAAAAGUCAGAAAGUGUAAAGAAAAUGUUGUCACAUACAGUGAGAGGUUAUAUGAUAAAUAUUUUGAAACGGCAGUCAGUCUGUCCAAAAGGUCUAGGAGAAAGUCAUUCAGUGAAACAGAACAUACAAAAAGAUACGAGCGACUGCCUACUUCCCAGAAGUUAUCAGACAUUGAUGAAGUUCUGGACUUAAGAACUAAAUCUGUACGCGAGAGAAACAAUAAUACUCUGUCUGAAAAAGUAAAUGAUGAUGGCUGUGUUCAACCAGAUCUCAACAAUAAUACAUCUCAGGACAUGUGGACCGUGUCAAACUUUGAAUUUAAAAGUGACUGUAAGUCAGACCAUUCUGGUAGUAAAGAUUCUGUACAGUCCAAACAGGAAUACACAACAAAUCGUGGAUCAGGUGUAAAGUUAACUCUCAAAAAGCAUUGUUUAAAUAAGAAUCAAAAACAAAUUUCUAGUUUACAGUCCCAGUCAUUAGCAGAGGGAGAAAAGAGGUUAACUAAAUCUGAAAUCAACUCUCAGUGUAAAAAGCCUGGAAAUGGGAAGAGAAAGAGAAGAUUUGAGCCAGACGUAGAGGGGAGAUAUCCUUGCAAGAUUUGUAGACGACGAUACAAGAGACCAUAUUUAUACACUCACCAGAAAAUCGCACAUGCUAAAAAACAAUGGGUUCUUGUGCCGACAGCUUCAUUGCAGAAAAAGCCAGAUGCGAGUGUAAAGUAUCGGUGUAGCUGGUGCAGGUUCGUUUCUGUUCACUGGGGUACAGCUGUCCGCCACCAUUACAUGCUACAUCAAGAAAAAGAACUGGAUUUCAUAUGCCUCACACCUGUACCAGCAGCCGUCCUGGGCAAGCUACGUGAAGAUACCCCUUCACAAAACUCAGUAUAUUACAUAGUGAACGAUAACUUGUAGGCUUAGAGAAUCUGAGGGAAUGAUGUUUUGGAAAUGUCCUUAGAAACAAUUGAUUUUACUUGUGUGCAGAUUGUGGAGAUAUAAAUUGUAUAAAAAAGGAGACUUGGAGAUGAUGCUACUGAAAGUUGUUGUUGACUUAAUUUUCUGUAUGGGCUGCAUGAACUACCAUACUGUCGUUCAAAGGCUUUUGACCUUGUGUUUUAUUUCAUUGUUGAAUCUGUUAAUUUUGGAGAGAUUUUUAGCAUUGAAUUGUGAUGUGAUGAAAAACAGUUGGUUUGCUUCCAUUGGUGUAGCUUGAAUAUUUAGUUGUGAACAUAGGUUAAAUGUGAGUGUCUUGUGGCAGUUAAAGAGAAGACAAUUUAAUGAUUAUUCUGUAAAAAUGUUUGUGUGUGAAAAGUUUCAAAUGUUCGAAAAUUAGCUUUCAGUUUGAGAUUCUCCUUA